GCUCUGCUCCGCAUCAGCGAUGAGACAGCGCAGCUGGAGCUCUGUCCCGGAUCCCGUCCGUGUCUCACCCUCUGACAUCCGAUCAGGAUGGAUCAGAGGAGAUCCGACUUUAGGAACGCUUCAGGUCCCGUCACGUUGUUUGGAGAAUUUACACUGAGCAGCAACCGAAAAGCCCGGUGCUCCGUAAAUCUGACCGAGAAGGACUUCAUCAUCCAGAGGCUCGAUUCGGCACCUGUCAGCUGCCGCAAAGUGGUGCUGAGUCUGAGGGACUGCGUUGGUUCCCGGGCUUACCGGGGGGAUGACGGGGCAGACCCCUCUGCGUACUUUGCUGCCUACUUCUACCCGCUGAAGAAGCGCCGCUGGGUGAAAGCUGCGCCGGCUCGGCAGCGCGUGGAGCAGUGCUUUCGGCUCGCGGCGCUCCAGGACCCGCGCGCUAACCUGGAGGAGGCAGAGAAGUGGGCUCGCGCCGUUCAAGAACGCUCUGCCCGGCAACAGCACCUUAGAGACGGGGCGUUGCUGAGCUCGUUACCUCGUCCAUGCAGGCUGAUGCUGUUUGUCAACCCACAGAGCGGAAAAGGAAAAGCGCUCACCUUGUAUAACAGCCACAUUCAGCCAAUGCUCCAUGAGGCAGGGGUUAUACCUACGCUCAUCAUCACAGAAAGGCAGAACCAUGCCCGGGAGAAAGUGAGAGAAGCUGACCUGUCCCAGUGGGACGCUUUAGUCAUCAUGUCAGGAGACGGACUUCUGCACGAGUUUUCUCUUCUCUCCCUCAGAGUAUCUCAGGUCACCAGCGAGGAGCUCCUGGUCAGCUGCGGCUUCCUGCUCUGUAAAGGACAGGUGUCUCACAUGGACCUGGUCUCCCUCCAUCUGUCCUCCAACCAGCGGCUCUUCUCCUUCCUCUCCCUGGCCUGGGGCUUCGUGGCGGAUGUCGACGUCGAGAGCGAAAAGUAUCGGCACGCCGGAGCCGCCCGGUUCACCGUCGGCACGCUGGUGAGGCUGGCGUCGCUCCGCAUCUACAAGGGCAGGCUGGCCUACCUUCCCGCCAGCAGGGGGAGCAGUACGGACAAAGGGUUGCAGAACGGCGCGGCGGCGUGCUCGACACCGUCCUCUGCCCCCAGGCCACUGGAAGACUCUUUCCCCAACACCUGCCACUCCAACAACUCUCUGAAGCUGAGGAGGUCGGAGGGCAGGUGUCCCCAAAGUGCCCCCAAAGACGUCCACGGCCCGCCCGACAGCCUGCUGCCGCCUCUGGAUCAGCCGCUGCCGUCUGACUGGGUGCUGGUCCCACAGGAAGACUUUGUCCUCAUGCUGGCCAUGUUCCAGUCCCACCUGGCUGAGGACCUUCUGGCCGCGCCCGACGCCCGCCUGGACGACGGCGUCAUUCAUCUCUUCUACGUCACAGCUGGAAUAUCCCGCAAAGCGCUGCUCCGACUCUUCCUAGCUAUGGAGAAGGGCGCACAUCUGGAUACAAACUGCCAGCAGCUGGUUCAUGUGAAGGUGAGGGCGCUCAGGCUGGAGCCCGGCUCAGGCAAAGGGGUGAUAACAGUGGACGGAGAAGUGGUGGACUACGGCCCCAUACAGGCCGAGGUGCACAGAGGCCUGGGGAGGCUGAUCAGCGGAUGAGACGAACCCACGGCAGCUUCCAGGAAGCCGCGUUUCAUCCCAGCUUCAUCUGAAGAUGCUGAUGGAGAUCAGAUUCCCCAGGAGGAUCUCUUUCCAUCACAGAUCAGGCAUCUAGUUCAUGUCUACAAGCAGCAUCUUCUUCGCACUGUUUAGAGUUUGGUCCGCCUUAAAACGAGCAGCUGGAGCAGAAGCUGCAUGAAUGCUCUGGGUGCAUUAAACAGGCUGAAAGAGACCGUCUGCAGGAGUCAGAUCAGUCCUUCUACCGAUAACUAACACCUAGAACACCCACCGACUCAGAGUCUGGCGUAAAGUCGAGCCUCGUUAUAAACUGGAAGCAGAAAAUACAAACUUUUGAUCAUUUUUCUAAAUUUUAAAUCAGAAAAUGAUGGCAGCCUUCUGAGGAUGAUUCUCUCCCUGUUUUGCACAGAGAGACAUUUAUUGUUAGUCAUUAAUAAUUUGGGGUUCAACCAUAACUAGUGUGUUCUUUGUCCUGCAUGGGUGGCUGUAGGGGUGGGCCUGCAGGGGCCAGUGCCCCUAUGGUCUGUUGUCGCCCCUGUGCUGAAAGCAUAAACUUCUAAAAAAAUAUAUAUAUAUAAUUUAAGUCAGUUUUCUUUAAAUAUGUGUCUAUUCCCUUUUUUUAAUCAGGAAGGGAAGAUCUUAUAUCAAGUGUAAAUUAUCUAAUUAUCUUGUUUUGGAGCCAAAAUCCUCCUUUUUCAGAUCAUCUCAGUUAUCGACGCAAAUUAAGGGCAAAUAAACUGAAUGUUACUUAUUUAGAUCAGUUUGCAGUGUAAUAUUAAAUCUGGUUUUUAUUAAAUUUGCUGAUUCAGAGUUUAACUUUAAAAUUUAUUUGAACAAUAGUUUAAACAUUAUAGAAAUUACCGGCAUGUUGCUCCUUAUUAAACUAAAACAUGCGUUCUUCCUCUGUUUUUAUGAAGGAAUUAUUAGGGCCAGGCUAGACUAUAUAGUUGUAAUAUUACAAGGAUAAAUUCAUCAUACAAGAACCCGUUUAGAAAGAAAGCUUGGAGCUCCGCCCAGCAGAUGACGGACGACCAGCUCCACCAAUCAGCAACCAGAGUCCACUUUGUAAUCCACCCAGUUUGAUGCUGCUGCUAAAAGAUCCACAUUCCUCAUUUUAGGGAAGAAAGAGCUUCUAGGAAGAGUUGUCAUAAAAUACAACUUUAUUCUUGGAAUUUUAUGACUUUAUUCUCCAAUACUCCGUAGUUUUUGCCCCUCUGGCAGUAAAUCAACUCUAGAACAUCCACUGCCUCCAUGAGGCUGCUGGUUAAAGGGUGUGAAUCCUUCAGACCUAAACAGUUCCCCUCUGCUCUUUAGAAACCCACACACACCCUUCAUGUUUCAUUGUUCUGAGCCAAACUUUAAAACCAUCUAAAAUAUUAACGAUCCUAUUUAUUUAUUAUUAAACGCUGUCUGAGUGCAGCGCUAAGCUCAAAGCCCAAACAGACAGAAGUG